AGCCUGGAGGCCCGGCCCCGGCCCGGCCCCGUCCGCCCACCCCAUGCCUCGGCCCUAACCCCGCCGCCCUCCCUCGUGGGGGGCACUUCCCGGCGCCCCCUGCCCCGUCCCCGCCCCGUCCCAGUCUGAAGCCAUGAAUGACCAGUACCACCGGGCCGCCCGCGACGGCUACCUGGAACUCCUGAAGGAGGCGACCCGCAAGGAGCUGAACGCGCCCGACGAGGAUGGCAUGACGCCCACCCUCUGGGCUGCCUACCACGGCAACCUGGAGUCGCUGCGCCUCAUCGUGAGCCGGGGGGGGGAUCCGGACAAGUGUGACAUCUGGGGCAACACGCCCCUGCACCUGGCAGCCUCCAAUGGCCACCUGCACUGCCUCUCGUUCCUGGUGUCCUUCGGGGCCAACAUCUGGUGCCUAGACAACGACUACCACACACCGCUGGACAUGGCGGCCAUGAAGGGCCACAUGGAGAGCGUGCGCUACCUGGACUCCAUCGCGGCCAAGCAGAGCGGCCUCAACCCCAAGCUGGUGGGCAAGCUCAAGGACAAGGCCUUCCGCGAGGCCGAGCGCCGGAUCCGCGAGUGCGCCAAGCUGCAGCGCAAGCACCACGAGCGCAUGGAGCGGCGCUACCGGCGCGAGCUGGCUGAGCGCUCCGACACCCUGAGCUUCUCCAGCCUCACCUCCAGCACCCUGAGCCGCCGGCUGCAGCCGCUGACCCUCGGCGGCCACCUGCCCUACUCGCAGGCCACGCUGCACGGCACGGCCCGCGGCAAGACCAAGAUCCAGCGCAAGCUGGAGCGGCGCAAGCAGGGCGCCGAGGGCACCUUCAAGAUCUCCGAGGACGGGCGCAAGAGCGUGCGAUCGCUCUCCGGCCUGCAGCUGGGCAGCGACGUGAUGUUCGUGCGCCAGGGCACCUACGCCAACCCCAAGGAGUGGGGCCGCUCCCCGCUCCGGGACAUGUUCCUCUCGGACGAGGACAGCGUCUCCCGUGCCACGCUGGCGGCCGAGCCGGCCCACUCCGAGGUCAGCACCGACUCGGGCCACGACUCCCUGUUUACGCGCCCCGGCCUGGGCACCAUGGUGUUUCGACGCAACUACCUGAGCAGCGGGCUGCAAGGGCUGGGCCGCCACGACCCGACGGCGCUGGACGCGGACGACGGGGGUUCGCCGCGGGCCCGGCUGCAGAACCCCUCGAGCCUGGACGAUGACAGCCUGGGCAGUGCCAACAGCCUGCAGGAGCGCAGCUGCGGGGACGAGCUACCCUGGGACGAGCUGGACUUGGGGCUGGACGAGGAUCUGGAGCCCGAGACCAGUCCCCUGGACUCCUUCCUGGCCUCGCUGCACAUGGAGGAUUUCGGGCCCCUCCUGAGGCAGGAGAAGAUCGAUCUGGACGCCUUAAUGCUUUGCUCCGACAUGGACCUGCGCACCAUAAGUGUCCCCUUGGGGCCGCGUAAGAAAAUCAUGGGCGCCGUGCGCAGGCGACGGCAGGCGCUGGAGCGGCCGCCGGCCCUGGAGGACACAGAGCUGUGA